AUGGAUAAACUUGAUUUCCCACAGAGGCUGUAUAGUGUAGGCCAGGAGCCUUUUCCGAAUAAAAGCAUUGCCUACUACAGCGAUGACAGCAAGCUCUUCCCUGCUCUUAAAGAAGCACUCGAGGCAGAUGAAUGGGAGGAGCUCAAGAACUCGAGAGUAGGAGUGUUCUUAAAGUUCCACGAAAUGAAGUUUGGAUGGGCUUCAAGGCUGGUGCACUAUAUACUGUGUUUUCAGCUUGACUGCAACAAGAAGUUUGAGUUGUGGAGUCUCGUAGGUGUUGAACCAUUGAGGUUUUCUCUGCAUGAAUUUGAAGAGAUAACUGGCCUCAACUGCGAGUAUGUGAAGAAUCUCGAGAAUCCGUUGGUUGAGGUAACGACUGACAUGAAAGCAUUUUGGGCGCAGAUGGGAGUGAAUUUCGACCGGGGGCCAAGUAUUGAUGAAUUAACUACAGCGUGUCAGAUGUGCAGAACAUGGUCUCGAGAUGAUCGGCUGCGUUUAGGGUAUCUAGCCAUCUACGCUGGCUUCAUCGAAGCAGCAAGAACCUCGUCACCCACACGGGCUAGCCUGACUAGGUUAGUGAUGGAUCUAGAUGCUUUUGAAGAUUAUCCGUGGGGAAGGGUAGCCUUUAAAUUCUUGAUGGAGUCGGUGAAGGGUGUAGACUUGACAAAGACGUAUGCUAUUGAAGGCUUUGUUCAGGUUCUUCAAGUCUGGGUCUACUGUUGUCUCCCUGAAUUCGGAGCUGGGUUUGGUCACCCUAUAGAAGGUUCUCCGACCCCACCUCUACUUGCCUUCUUAGGUGGCAAAGGCAAGAGAAGGCUCCAGGAGAAUAUGCUGAAACAGACUAGGACUAAGAACUUUACUAUGAAGGAUUACUCUGAAAUGUUCCCUCGCUGGGAUGGUGAGCUGGAAGAUGAGAAGGCUGAUAACAUAGUGAAGGCAGUGUUUUCUUCAGGCUGGGCAUGGGAACAAAGUCACUGGCCUCUUUCUGAUGCAGAAUCACGCAAGAAGGCUCGUGAGUCCCCUGGCCUGGAUGUGGAGACCAUGAAAGGAGAAAUAGUUCGUUGGCUAACUGGCCUGACUUCUAAUGUGGCUGAGGGGCUGAGCAGAUGCGAGAACACUCUGAAGACACAAUCCCGCAUGAUUGAGGGCCUUACAACUCAGGUGGGAGCUGUUGAGAAGAUGGUGCGUGAAGGUUGGAAGGAAGACCACACCAAAGCUGAUUCAUCUACUGAUGUACCUGAGGCAAACAAAUCUGAUGGAGACAAAGCUAAGAAGGACAGCGCUGAAGAAAGCAAAGGUGAUGAAAGCGAUGAAAGCAAAGGUGAGGAAAGCAAAGGUGAGGAAAGCAGAGCCGAGGAAAGCAGAGCCGAGGAAAGCAAAGCUGCGGAAACAGCUCCCAAAGGAAUGACAACAAGAGCCAAAGCUAGAGACACCCAAGCCACUGUGAGUGAGAGUGAAAAUGAGAACGGAGGCAUAAGUGUUGUUGUAAUAGAUAAAGAACAAUCAUGCAUUGAUUAUGGUUCUGUGAAAAAACUAAAACAAGUUGGUAAAGUGAGAGCUGCUCGCAUUGUGGCCCGUGCUAAAAGUGAUCGGCAACGUAGGCUUGCUGCAACUCAGCAGUCUCCUUUUGAUGGAGACAGCACGGCAAAGGUUAUUAUACCUAACCAGCAGAAGCAAGGCCAGGGAUAUAACCCAUUUGCUAAUCCUGAUCGCCAAAAGCUCUCUGCUCUUCUUGAUUGGGUGAAACUUGACCCCAAAUGGCGACAGAAGGUCAAAAGUUCUUCAAGUCAUUGGUUCUACAUACUACUAACUCCUACAAAAUGGUUGAUUGACACGCACAUGGAUGCUGGCAUUAAUCUCUUAAGGCUCCGAUACACAAAGCACCCUGAAUGGUUUAGGUCCGACAGAUUUUGCAUUUUGGAUGCUGUAUUUACUCAAAUGUGGACAGCAAAGUACUCAGAGUUUCUACUCCCUGACGGCUCAGGUAAACUACUCCCUCCUGGCGCCUUAAACUACUACACAGGUGAGGAACCAGCGUAUAGCAGAUCAACUAAGACAUGGGCACUGGAGAUUGAUGAUAUAUAUGCACCAUUAUUGGUCAAGAAUGAUCAUUGGGUAGCUUGCUGGAUAUCAAUCCCGAGGAGACGCAUAGUGAUUUGGGAUAGUGAUCUUGCUUACGCUACGGAUGCAGAAAUUGCUAAGGCCGUGAAGCCUAUUGCACACAUGCUGCCGUAUAUGCUGCGUAUGUUAUCUACCGGUGCGGAGAGGGAGUUGUAA